AUGGGAAAAGAAUUCCAAUCACCGCUUUAAUAUGAGAAACAAUCAAAUUAUAAAACCACGAAAUACUCAAAUUAAUGUCGGUAAGACAAAAACAGAUCAAAAUCUACUCCACCUUCUCUGAGAGAGUUGUUGACUGAUACAUUUACCAUCACAUUGACAGAAAGGACAUUGCCUUCAAAAAAACUUUCGAUUUUACUUCCAUUUAAAAAUGCUGUUGAAAAGAUAAGAUCAAAAAAUAGAGAAAUCCUUACUCGAAGAAAAUCUUGUUAUGGAACCUUGUUUGGAAACAAUUAACAAAAAUAAAUGAUAAAUUUUUAGACUUCGAUUGAAAUGCAUAAGAAAAUUAAUGGGAAAGAAUUUGCACUCUCAAGUUUUGCUGAUUUAUUAAAAAAAAAUUAAAGGAAAAGCACUAAACGUCCUAGUCUUACUCGUAAACUCUCGAAAUAAAUGUCCUUAGUUGAAUAUGAUAAUAUGGAAAGACCUCCUUCAUGUAAAACCCCUCGAGAAUCUAAGGUUAUUUUAUUUAAAAAGAAGAAUUCAACAACCCAAAUUAAGGAGAAAUACAUCUAAGGAUAAAGGCUUAAAUUGUCUCAUUUCAUGAAUGAUUCUAAGUCUAGAAAAAUGUAAUUAAAUACAAUUCCCUUCAAAAAUUAAAUUAAAUCCAGAGGGGAAACUAUGAAAUUGAAAACCUGCAUGACAGAAUUAUUCAGUACUUAAAGAAGUCCAAUCUCAAGUAAUAGAACUACCACUUAUACCAGACCUUAUUAAAAAUAGAAUGAAUUACUCUCAAAAUUAAUAAGAACUGAGCACAAAAGCAGAUCCAAUUACUUCCCUAAAUCAACUAUUAAUGCAUUCGGUUUUUGA